CUCCCUUCAUAUAUAUCUUACCAACCACAACUCCGUUUGGGGAAGGUCACUUUUCUUUUCUGCCAUAUCGUGCAGUCACAUUGCAUGUAGUCUUUGUAUUCUUCCAUAUCAGCGCUUGAGGACGUUCAUCGAGCUCCCUUUCAAUCCUGGUAGACCGUGUGUCUUACCUAAGGCGUUCAUUACCAAUAUACCUUCCUGGCUUGGUCCCUUUCGUAGAGCGAUUCUCAAAAUCGCCUAGGUUGUCAACUUCGGUAGAUAACAACCAUGGAAGCCAUAUCUGAGAUCGCUGCUCAACUUGAGGCUUUGGCGCAGUCCCCCCCUAAAGACAGUGACGCGCGGCUCAAUCUCUACAAUGCCGCCAAAAGCCUCAUGGUAGCUACCGAAGACCCGUUCAACACCAUAUGCCGUAUAAAUGGAUCGCCCAUGAUCCUCACCUUCUGCCAAGUGGCCUGCGAUCUGAAAAUCUUCGUCCGGCUGGCGGAAGCCAAACAUCCUCUCUCGAGUGCGUUCCUAGCCGCUCCAUCAGGGGCUGAGCCGGUGUUUCUCAGUCGUAUCCUCCGCUUCUUGGCCUCAAAUGACAUUAUUCAAGAAGCGGGAGAAGACGAGUACGUUGCGAAUGGAGUUACUCGCACUCUCGCGCGGCCCGGUUUCCAGGCCGGGAUUUCUCAUACGUUUCUGGCUAUCAUGCCCUGCCUUCAGGAGACGCCGAAGUUCCUCGCUGGCACCAAGUACGCAAACCCGACCGACGUCUUAUACAGCCCCUUUCAGAUCGCCCACAAGACCAAUAAGCCGUCCUAUGUGUGGGCAACGGAGCAGCCCGAGCUCAUGGCCAACUUCAAUCUGUGGAUGACAGAGCAACACCAAGGCCAGAGGACCUGGUUGGAUGUCUUCGAUUUUGCCCACCACGUGAGCGACUCGGGCCCGGAUACCUUGAUUUUCGUUGAUGUCGGAGGCGGUAUCGGCCAGCAGUGCGCCCUCCUUAAGAAGGCACACCCUCAGGUGCCUGGUCGCGUAGUGCUUCAGGAUCAGCAGUUUGUGCUUCUCCACGCCAUCCCCGUAGAGGGGGUUGAGAAGCAGGCAUUCGACCUCUGGGAGGAGCAGCCCCUGAAGGGGGCGCGUAUUUAUUACUUGCGGAAUAUCCUAGAAGACUAUCCUGACGACAGGGCUAUCGAGAUCAUUCGGAAUACGAUGCUUGCCAUGACACCAGACUCACUCCUCGUUAUCGACGAGAUGAUUAUUCCAAACCAGCACGCAAGCCAGCGGUCUACGCUGCAGGAUAUGACCAUGAUGGUUAGUCUGGCGUCGGCAGAGAGGACAGAGAGGCAAUGGGACGCCCUCCUUGACAGAGCUGGCCUGGUUGUGGUGCAGAAGACUGCGUACAAUACGACUACGGGAGAGAGUAUAAUCGUAACAGAACCGAAAGGGAAUUAGAGGGCAGACAGCCUAACCCACAUAUAUGUGUCCCUAUUCAAAGCAGUUUUUAUAUUGCACGGCGAUUGCCGUCUUCCUACACCAGGGUGUGUCAAGCAGUUGCUGGACGCUAGAGCCUGAAGAUAUGCCUGCGCACCAGACAUGAGUUCAAUUUCCUGUAUUAUUCUCGCAUCCUCUGAACGCUGUGUAGAAGAUAGGUUAUCUUCGAGAAGAAAAGAUAAACUGGAAGCUAUUCCCGUUUGCGACCCCCCAUCGUCAUCCUAGGCU